GCGACAAACUUUCGUCCCUCCCCUCGUUUCUCUUGCCAAUUUGAAGCGAUCCCAGUCUGGCCAGUAUUAGUACAAUAAUAGCGUCGCUCUAACUCAAACAGCUAAGUUUGGUUUGGAAUUUCAGAACUCGACACAACUUGGAACACUAGGUUUUCCAAAGUGCAAUCAAUUAAUGAAAAGAGCUGCAAUCGAGCCCGUUUCUUGGAGGCACUUGGGCGCACUCUGUUCAGGUUGGGUUGCCUUGAUACCGGAUUUUUGGAAUAAGUGACAUGGCGGGUGAGACAGUCAUACGGUCCCUGCUUUUCAAGUGCGUAGCCCUGCUGUGCCUUGGCCGCUACUUGUGUCAGAAGGACUGCACAGGGGUGGACUGUCCGCGGCUGAAGUACUGCAUCGAGGAGGUUCUGGAGCAAGACGCCUGCUGCUCCACGUGCCUGCAGACAGGCUGCAAGUGCGAGGGCUACCAGUAUUAUGACUGCGUCCAGGCAGGAUUUCAUAAUGGAAAAGUUCCUGAGGGGGAGUCCUACUUUGUGGACUUUGGAAGCACAGAAUGUUCCUGUCCCCAAGGUGGCGGCCGGAUCACGUGCCACUUUAUUCCUUGCCCCGAUGUCCCGGCCAACUGCAUAGAACUGUCGCAGCCGGCUGAUGGCUGUGCGCAGUGCAAGCGCAUUGGCUGCACCCGCCGGGGGCAGAAGUUCGAAGCGGGCCACACUUUCCAGAUGGAGCCAUGUCAGGUCUGCCACUGUCCCAACGAGGGUGGACCUCUCAUGUGCUACAACAUUCCCAACUGCGACCUGCUGCGAAUUCAGAAGCCUGUGCUGCCAACCCCCAGUGAGGACGAAGCACUUGAAGGCCGCUACAGUAACCCUUCCAUAUAUGACCACGAAGGCAAUGAAGAGCAUCUUUCUCAAGCACAUCGAAUUCCUCCUGAUGAGAACAUGCCACCUGCAGAAGAGGAACCUCAUCGAGCAGAUGAGGAAGACUAUGAUUACUUGCCUACAGAUAUGUCUUCGCAAGAUAUUUUGCCAACUGAGCCUUCUGUAGCUUGGGUGUCAAGUUCUGAAAAUCCUUCACUGCUGGACAGAUUUGAUAAAACUGUAAAGCAAGAGCUCAGAGAGAGAUUCGGAAGCCAUGAAGUAGAGGCGAGCAAAGAAAAGGCAACUGACAGUCUCCAGACGGUGAAUGAGGCCACCCCAGGGCUCCAGGAGACGUCAACUCAAGAUACAGUUUCAGAGACCCAAACUGGUCAACCAGUGGUUGAUUUAUUGAAAGUAAGGAACAAGGAAGGGAGUCUUGUUCUACUGAAAGUGAACACAGAACCUUCAAUCAUCAGUGAAAAAGAUGUAUUGUAUGUAGUAGACCAAGAACAUAAACACAGUCAUACUUUAUCUGAAGCUAACCAAGAACACAAAACUAUGCAUAGAGGUGAAGUGAAAGAAAUGCACAGUAAUGUCAGCAAGCAGGAUGUUUUGACUGAAGCUGACCUUGGACGCAAAACUAUGCAAAGAGGUCAUGUGCCGGAAUUGGAGAGUAAACAGUACAACAAAGAUGUUUUGUCUGAAGCUGAGCCCGGACACAAAACUACGCAAAGAGGUCAAGUGCAGGAAUUGGACAGUAACCGGAACAACAAACAUGUUUUGUCCGAAGCUGAGCCCGGACACAAAACUACGCAAAGAGGUCAAGUGCCGGAAUUGGACAGUAACCGGAACAACAAACAUGUUUUGUCCGAAGCUGAGCCAGGACACAAAACUACGCAAAGAGGUCAAGUGCAGGAAUUGGACAGUAACCGGAACAACAAACAUGUUUUGUCCGAAGCUGAGCCCGGCCGCAAAACUACGCAAAGAGGUCAAGUGCAGGAAUUGGACAGUAACCGGAACAACAAAGAUCUUUUGUCCGAAGCUGAGCCCGGACACAAAACUACGCAAAGAGGUCAAGUGCCGGAAUUGGACAGUAACCGGAACAACAAAGAUGUUUUGUCCGAAGCUGAGCCCGGCCGCAAAACUACGCAAAGAGGUCAAGUGCCGGAAUUGGACAGUAACCGGAACAACAAAGAUCUUUUGUCCGAAGCUGACCCCGGACACAAAACUACGCAAAGAGGUCAAGUGCCGGAAUUGGACAGUAACCGGAACAACAAAGAUGUUUUGUCCGAAGCUGAGCCCGGCCGCAAAACUACGCAAAGAGGUCAAGUGCAGGAAUUGGACAGUAACCGGAACAACAAAGAUGUUUUGUCCGAAGCUGACCCCGGACACAAAACUACGCAAAGAGGUCAAGUGCAGGAAUUGGACAGUAACCGGAAAAACAAAGAUGUUUUGUCCGAAGCUGACCCCGGACACAAAACUACGCAAAGAGGUCAAGUGCCGGAAUUGGACAGUAACCGGAACAACAAAGAUCUUUUGUCCAAAGCUGAGCCCGGCCGCAAAACUACGCAAAGAGGUCAAGUGCAGGAAUUGGACAGUAACCGGAACAACAAAGAUCUUUUGUCCGAAGCUGACCCCGGACACAAAACUACGCAAAGAGGUCAAGUGCCGGAAUUGGACAGUAACCGGAACAACAAAGAUCUUUUGUCCGAAGCUGAGCCUGGCCGCAAAACUACGCAAAGAGGUCAAGUGCCGGAAUUGGACAGUAACCGGAACAACAAAGAUCUUUUGUCCGAAGCUGACCCCGGACACAAAACUACGCAAAGAGGUCAAGUGCCGGAAUUGGACAGUAACCGGAACAACAAAGAUGUUUUGUCCGAAGCUGAGCCCGGCCGCAAAACUACGCAAAGAGGUCAAGUGCCGGAAUUGGGCAGUAACCGGAACAACAAAGAUGUUUUGUCCGAAGCUGAGCCCGGACACAAAACUACGCAAAGAGGUCAAGUGCCGGAAUUGGACAGUAACCGGAACAACAAACAUGUUUUGUCCGAAGCUGACCCAGGACACAAAACUACGCAAAGAGGUCAAGUACCGGAAUUGGACAGUAACCGGAACAACAAAGAUCUUUUGUCCGAAGCUGAGCCCGGACACAGAACUACGCAAAGAGGUCAAGUGCCGGAAUUGGACAGUAACCGGAACAACAAAGAUCUUUUGUCCGAAGCUGAGCCCGGCCACAAAACUACGCAAAGAGGUCAAGUGCAGGAAUUGGACAGUAACCGGAACAACAAAGAUGUUUUGUCCGAAGCUGAGCCCGGCCGCAAAACUACGCAAAGAGGUCAAGUGCCGGAAAUAGACAGUAACCUCAACGAAAAAGAUGUCUUGUCUGAAGCUGACCCCAGACACAAAGCUAUACACAGGGGUCAUGUACAGGACAUGGACAGUAACCUCAACAAAAGACACAAUGUGUCCUCUGAAACAGAGAGCAAGCACAAAAACAUGCAUAUUAUUCAUGAAAUGGACAUCAUCAAAAAACAUCAUCUGUCAUCUGAAGUUGGCCGUGAGCAUGGAAGCAUGCACGGUGCUAACAAAGCAGAAAGCAGCUCCUCAGGGUUGGGGUCCGGGCGAAACGAAAGACACUCUGUUAACCUCAGCACACGUCCUGAAACACCAGAACCCAGCAUCCCAACCACGGUGACAGUGAAAAGCAAAGAAACAAAAGAGGCUCCUUAUGUUCACCAGGCCAAGGAAGAGGAUGGACAGAAUGCCCUCAGCUCCCUUUCCAGCCAUCAUGCAGAUGUUUCCCUAAACAGCCUGGUGGAGGAUUGUUGCAAAGCAGGUCAGAAGUGGGCAGAGGGCAACAACCAUUGCAAUGCUAUGGAUUUUAUCAGACAGGACAGGCAGUCUGUAUGUAGGACUGCCCAAGAGCAGUGCUGCCUGGCAGUGCUGAGGGAAAGCAGCUGCCUGGCAGGCAUGAAUGCGGCCAAAGCUGGCGUUCCCUGCGAUGCGAACGGCGAUGAAUGCGGGAAUGAUUCCUACAAGGAGUGCUGCAGCUGCUGUACCUUGGGGAUGCACUUCCGGGUUGCGGGGCAGGGUUGCGCGGCCCACGAGCACCUCAGCUACUCCUGUGGCAACAUCUUCCUGAGCUGCUGUGAGGAAGACGAGAGCCCCGGCCAGCCAGCUCUGCGGAGGAGGCAGCGGCCAGAGCCUACCGUCCUGCCAGACAGAGUCUCUGACAGAAUUUUCCCCAACGAGGCCUUCUCCAUCCUGGACAGGGAGGAGUCGGCCAACUCCGUGGAAGACCUGGAAGACGUCGACGAGUGCCAGCUCGAUGGGGAAAGGUUGUGCCACCAGAGGUGCAUCAACACCUGGGGCUCCUACGAGUGUGCCUGUUUCCCAGGCUACACGCUGCACCAGGACGGAUUCUUCUGCAUGCCAGACAACCCAACGGAGGAUAACAGAGUGGGACAGGAAGAGGGGAGAGCAAGGGAGCUUCCCGAAACAGACGUGCCCCCCACCUGGACCGCAGACCUCCUCAACCCCUGUGUAGGUAAUGGGCCCUGCUCACACCUGUGCUCCAUGGAGGGAGGGCAGGCUCACUGCUCCUGCUUCCCCGGCUUCUCACUGAUGACCGACGGGUACUUGUGUGAAGAUGUGGAUGAGUGCAGCACAGACGCGGCCAUUUGCCCGCGCGGAGAUGUUUGCGUCAACACUGCGGGAUCCUACCAGUGCCUGCCUGAAUCGUGCCAGGAGGGGUUCAUACUCAACGGGAAUAGAGAGUGCGUGGAUGUGAACGAGUGCGUCACUAACGCUCACAGCUGCCAGGCCAACGAGAAAUGCGUCAACAGCAUGGGGUCCUUUAUGUGCCAGAGGCAGAUGAUAUGCCCAGCAGGGUACCAGGCAAGAGAUGGGGUUUGCGAAGAUGUUGAUGAGUGCGCCUUGGGGACGCACAACUGUGCAGUGGGCUUUGAGUGCCAGAAUAUGCAAGGCUCCUUCUCCUGCCAAACCAGGCAGAGAUGCUUCACUGGGUUCAGCCAGGACACACAUGGCAACUGUGUUGAUGUCGAUGAGUGCAGCAGCCUGGAGGAGCCCUGCAGCUCUGGCUUCAACUGCAUCAACACUGUGGGCUCGUACACCUGCCAGCGCAAGAUCAUCCUGUGCAGCCAGGGCUAUCACACCAGCGCCGAUGGAGCCCGGUGCAUUGAUGUCGACGAGUGUCAGACUGGUGCCCACCGCUGCGGAGAGGGCCAGAUCUGCCAGAACCUGCCGGGGACUUACCGCUGCAACUGCCAGACGGGCUACCAGCCUGACCUGAUCCGUGGGACCUGCGUGGAUGUGAACGAAUGCUGGCGGUACCCGGGCCGGCUGUGUGCCCAGACAUGCGAGAACACCCCCGGCUCCUAUCGGUGCACUUGCACAGCCGGCUUCUCACUGUCUGUGGAUGGCAAGAACUGUGAAGAUAUGAACGAAUGCAACAGCAACCCCUGCAGUCAGGAAUGCGCCAACAUCUACGGUUCAUAUCAGUGUUACUGCAGGCAAGGCUUCUACCUCAAGGAAGAUGGACACACUUGUGAAGACAUCGAUGAGUGCUCCCAGAGCGUGGGCCACCUCUGCGCCUUCAAAUGCGUCAACAUCCCCGGCAGCUAUCAAUGCGCCUGCCCGCCGACUGGAUACUCCAUGUCCCCCAACGGGCGUACUUGCCGAGACAUCGACGAGUGCACCAUCGGCGCCCACAACUGCAGCGCCACGGAGACCUGCUACAACGUCCAGGGCGGCUUCCGCUGCCUGUCUUUCAGCUGCCCGGCCAACUACCGCAGGGUGUCAGACAUACGCUGCGAGCGCAUCAGCUGCCCGAAUUUCCUGGAGUGUCAGAACAUGCCUCUGAGGAUCACGUACUACCAACUGAACUUCCAAACCAACAUCAUCAUCCCGGCUCUGAUCUUCCGCAUCGGGCCGUCGCCUGCCUACUCUGGGGACAGCAUCAUCAUCCGCAUCACCCGCGGCAACGAGGAGAACUACUUCAGCACCCGCAAGCUCAAUGCCUACACUGGCGCCGUGUACCUGCAGCGGCAGGUGCGCGAGGCCCGCGAUUUCCUCAUCGACGUCGAGAUGAAGCUCCUCCGUCAGGGCAGUUUCACCACCUUCCUGGCCAGGAUCUACGUUUUCAUCACCGCCCACUCACUCUAACGGCCACGGCUGUUGGCGCGUACAAUAUGGUGCUCCAGAUCUCUUCAAGCAUCGUUUAUAUGACAGCUGUUAAUGAAGAGGCCUCCGUUAGAUGUAUGCCCUUGCAUACUCCUGUCUGAAUGUCCGCUAAAUGAAAUAUUACCAAAGACUUUACCGUUAAUUUUAUGUAGUGAUAGAUCUGUGGUUUGGUGUUUUGGUCGCACUGAUUACACGCAGAGAAAUCCAAGGAGGAGUGUUACUUGCAGAAACACCUGUUGGUCUGCACCUCACACCAGACGCUAUGUAGCCACGUAUUUUCCCUCUUGACUGGCUUGAUUCUCGUCCUGUAUUACUCAGCAGAUUUUAUUUUAUUUUAUUCCUUGCUCAGUGUUUUCUGUCCUCUACCUGAGAACACAAUAAGCAAUCAAAUGGAUGAUGGAUGUAUGAUAAUUUUUAAGCCUGUGUUUUAACCCUUUAACUUAACUCUUUAACAAGGGUUGAAGAGAGCUCCUUUGGAAAGGUUAUUCUUGACAUUCGCAUGGUGAGACCAUGUGACACAGAUGCCAGCACUGAAAAUUGCCUUUUAUAAGUAGUUGAGGUUUUAGUGUUUUUUUUUUCUGGCCGCAGUUUCCGUCAGUGUGUUACUGUCUUAAAAUCGUCUCAGGGUAAACAAAAUAGAAACAACCCAGUCUGCAUUAGUUCUCUCCAUUAAACACCUCCUGUAUAACAAA